CCCAUCAGUGUUCGUGGUAAAAUGGCAGAAGCCAGUUCAGCACUGGAUCCGAACCAGUUCCGCUGUCAAAUCUGUCUGGAUCAACUGAAGGAUCCAGUGACUAUUCCCUGUGGACACAGUUACUGUAUGAGCUGCAUUAAGAGCUGCUGGGAUCAGGAGGAUUGUCUUGCAGUUUACAGCUGCCCCCACUGCAGACAAACCUUCAUACCCAGACCUGUUCUGUACAGAAACACCAUCCUGGCUGAAGUGGUGGAGAAACUGAAGAAGACUGGACUACAAGCAGCUACUCCUGUUGACCAUUAUGCUGGACCUGGAGAUGUGGAGUGUGACGUCUGUACUGGGAGAAAACACAAAGCUGUCAAGUCCUGCCUGGUGUGUCUGGCCUCUUACUGUGAAACUCACCUCCAGCCUCACUAUGAGUCCACAGCUUUUAAGAAGCACAAACUGACUGAUGCCACUGGACGUCUGCAGGACAAGGUCUGUUCCCAGCAUGACAAACCCCUGGAGGUCUACUGCCGUACCGACCAGCAGUGUAUCUGUUACCCCUGUACGAUGGAUGAACACAGAGGCCAUGAAACAGUCUCAGCUGCUGCUGGAUGGGUGGAGAGACAGAAACAAAUAGGAGAAACACAGAAGGAAUUUCAGCAGAGAAUCCAGACGAGAGAGAAGGAGCUGCAGGAGCUGAGAGAGACUGUGGCCUCAUUCAGAGGAUCAGCACAGUCAGCAGUACAGGACAGCGAGAGGAUCUUCACUGAGAUGAUCCGCUCCAUUGAGAGAAGACGCUCUGAGGUGACACAGCUGAUCAGAGAUCAGGAGAAGGCUGAAGUGAGUCAGGCUGAAGGAGACAUGGAGAGACUGAAGCAGGAGAUUGAUGAGCUGAAGAGGAGACACUCUGAGCUGGAGCAGCUUUCACACACAGAGGAUCACAUCCAUUUCCUCCAGAGGUGCCAGGGUCUUCCUGUUGUCCCUGAAGCUGGAUUUGGACCCAGAAUCUCCGUCAGUCCACGCUGCUCUUUUGAGAACGUGAGGAAGGUGGUUUCUGAACUGAAGGAUCAACUGGAAAAUGGUUGUGAAAAGAAAACAGCAGAGAUCCAUCACACAGGUUAAUAAAUAAAUACAUUAUUCUGUCUGUUCAUGUU